AAAUGUCAUGGCCAAACUGAUUGAUGUAUUGAAAAUUAUGUCAAAACAUAAAUAAAUGGUGUAAAACAUUAUAAACAAUACAAAACAUAACAUAAUGACCAUCGUUACCUAAAUAAUAUUGUUAUUGUUUACUCAAAAGGAGGAGGAAAAUUGGGCGUCGGAAAGGAAGCGUUUAAAAACAAUGCAUCCGAACACACAGGCGCAGACCAAUGUUUAUCAAAAUCCUUGUUUUGAUUAUAGUCUGCGGAGCCCUAUAUAAGUUGGUGCGGUCCCACGGCUGCGGCGCGUCGUGCCAGAGUCGCGGAGUCGACUCUUCCACCAUUUGCCACUGCGAGUGCGCCACGUGCCCGUGCUCGCCGUUACAGGCCUUCGAUGUUAUCCCAAAGACAUUGGAGAAUUAUUACAAUCAAGGAAAAGAUCGCGUGAGGGAGUUCCAGCAACAGGCAGGGUCACUCGCACGAUAUGUUACCGCCAGUCCAAGACGACCCAAUGAAUCUACGGAUGUCGAAACAAAAAGUGCACAAUACUCACCGAUCACGAUGACAUCGCCCUUAGUGAUUGACGAGUCCCAUCGAGCUUCGCACCACAAUUUCGAUCCCCCUUUCUGCACGCCGGAGGCCGAAAGAGGCCGAUCUAGACCUUCAACAAGCAAAAUAGAGGAACCCGCCAGGAUCCCGGCGGCGUGCAAGAGAUGCAAGUCAAAGGGGAUGACCUGCAUGCGAUCCUGUCCCAGAGCUAAAAAUGUUAACACUGCUAGCAAUACGGACUAA